UGGGUUACAUUGCUCGUUAGUACUAUUUUAUUUUCUUUCCAAUUUUCUUGCGCUCUUGAGGCUUCUUCGCAGGAAUGGUAAAAUUCAAAGAAAAUACGAUGAAAUCCAUCACCCGAAUUUUGACAAAACCCAAUCCCUUAAUAGCAAACUCUCUGCUUCAAAACCUUUUCUCCAGGAGCCAUCCGAAGCACAGUUCCAGUUCCACUUCAAUCAGAAGCAUAUCUUCAUCGGCAUAUAACUACACCCAAUUGGAAUCAGUACCAAAGGAGAGCGUUGACUGUGUGGUAAUAGGUGCAGGCGUAGUGGGCAUAGCAGUGGCCAGAGAGCUUUCUUUAAAACAUGGCAGAGAGGUUCUGGUGGUAGAAUCUGGCCCAACGUUUGGUACGGGCACUAGCUCCCGCAACAGUGAGGUCAUCCAUGCUGGCAUCUAUUAUCCCUUCAAUUCUCUCAAGGCACUUUUUUGUGUGAGAGGAAGGAAAUUACUUUAUAGAUAUUGCAAAGAACAUGAAAUUCCUCACGAACAGGUGGGCAAGCUUAUAGUUGCUACUAGGUCCUCUGAGAUUCCAAAAUUGGAUGCUUUGCUGAAUCGAGGAAUUGAGAAUGGUGUUGAUGGUCUAAGGUUGAUGGAAGGGUAUGAGGCUAUGAAACUGGAGCCAGAGUUGCAUUGUGUAAAAGCUUUGUUAUCUCCUGCUUCAGGAAUAAUUGAUACUCAUUCGCUUAUGCUAUCCUUAGUGGGGGAAGCUGAAAGUCAUGGAACAACUUUCUCUUACAAUGCUUCAGUUAUUGGUGGUCAUCGUGAAGGAAAUAAAAUCCAACUUCAUAUUUCUGAAAGCAGUGCUCUUAAGAGUUGGGAUGCAAGUAGUCCAUUGCAUCCAGAGCUUAUUCUUAAUCCUAAGCUUGUAGUGAACUCUGCUGGCUUGAGUGCCCCAAGUCUUGCAAGACAAUUCUGUGGCCUAGAUAGUGGGGUUAUCCCUACUCCUUACUAUGCUCGUGGUUGCUAUUUCACCCUAUCAAAUGUUAAAACUCCACUUUUCCACCACUUGAUUUAUCCUAUGCCUGAGGAUGGUGGCCUAGGAGUACAUGUUACUCUAGAUUUAAAUGGCCAAGUCAAAUUUGGUCCCGACGUGGAAUGGAUAGAUUGCAUAGAUGAUAUUUCAAGCUUCCUGAAUUUGUUUGAUUACUCUGUUUGUAAAGAUCGGUCAAAGCAGUUCUACCCAGAAAUAAGAAAAUACUACCCAAACCUCAAGGAUGGAUCUCUGGAGCCAGGUUAUUCUGGUAUCCGACCUAAAGUUUCUGGUCCCAAACAGGUCCCUGCUGAUUUUUUAGUACAGGGGGAGGACAUUCAUGGCAUCACUGGUCUGGUAAACUUGUUUGGUAUUGAGUCUCCUGGACUUACUGCAAGCAUGGCUAUUGCAGAGGAUGUUGCUGCCAAAUUGAUAACAAACUAAGAGAAGCCUCACUUCAGUGUCAGAUAUACCACUUUGUGCAUACCAUGAUUUUGGAACCAGCAGAGUUUGUUUUUACCAUGAUAAUCAAGGGUAUACUUAGAUAUGUGCGACUUCUCGCACACAUUUAGGUUUAUCCGACUUUGUAAUAUCAAAGACUAAUUAAUCUGCUGCUCUAAAUUCGAUUGAAAGUAACGGUCAUGUUGGCAGGCUUGUUCGUCUCGCAGAAAACAGGCAUAUCAUUCUUAUCAGUGGAUUUAUGGUCCAUCACGGAUGGUUGCUGAGCAGGUUUGGCUUGUCAUAUC